AUGCAAUCUACCGCCCCUAACGCUGAGGAUGACCCGCGCGUGCGGACAGAAGUUCUCGACGAUGACGACUACACCUCGUCCUCUGGCUCCUCCUCAGAAGAGAGUGACGUCGAGGAAUCAGACGAUGGUGAGAUGCGAGUCGACACAAAGCCCGCUCCCGCAAGUACAGCCUCCGCCGACGGAUCCUCAAUACCCAAUGUGCCUGGUCGCCCAAAGCCGCAAAUACACCGCAUGGAAGGCGGUUCAGAUCUAAUGGCGCGGUUGUCUGCUUUUUUGCCCAAGAUGAAGGAGGCCAAUGAGGAUCUAGAAAAAGAGAUUGCUGCCGGGAGAGGAAGCGAUUUGCUGUUGGAUGCCGUGGAAGGAGAUGGGAAAGAUUACAUUGAGAUGAAUCUUGGACUGGGAGUUCUCAAGGAAAAACGCGCCGAUGGAGAAGAUUCCUCGAGCAGCGAGGAAAGUGACGAUGAGGACAUUGCCGACGAGGAUUGCGAAGAAGCGAACAAAUCCAAGGCGACGGGAGACUCUAAUGUUAUGGACAAGCUAAUGGGGGGAAAGAAGCCGGACACAGAGAAACCCUCGAUCGAAGAAAUGGCGGAAUAA